CGGCUCCGCCUCCGCUGGGCCCUCCGGUGCUCCCCGGAACUCGCUCCGGCGUCGCUAGUUCCGCGGGGACCGGUCCGGUCUCUCUGAGCUCCCGGCUGCCCUCAGGGACCGGCCCGGCCCCGCUGAGCCCUCGGUGCCCGGCAUGGGGCUGCUGACCCAGCUAGUCCGCGGGCUGGUGCGCGGUGCCGACCGCCUGUCGCCGUUCACCAGCAAGCGCGGCCCGCGGAGCCACAACAAGGGCCGCGGCGCCAAGAAGGUGGGCGUGCUCACCCGCAACAAGAAGUUCCUCCUGGUCAGGGAGAUGGUGCCCGAGUUCGUCGUGCCCGACCUGACGGGCUUCAAGCUGCGGCCCUACGUGUCGUACCGCGCCGCCGAGGGCUCCGAGCCGCCCCUGACGGCCAAGCAGCUCUUCGACCAGGUGGUGGCUCCGCGCAUCCAGAAGGACGUGAAGGACGGCACGUUCGACCCCAACAACCUGGAGAAGUACGGCUUCGAGCCCACGCAGGAGGGCAAGCUCUUCCAGCUCUUCCCCAAGAACUACGUGCGGUAGGGAGCGGGAGAGCACGGGACAGGCUCCCUCACUGAACUUCAGAGCAAAUCCUUCUGCCUUGUUCUUCUGUAAUACCUGAUUUAAAUCCUGGUGAAGUGUGCGGUUUGAUUUCCCACCCACGACUGGUGAUCCCUCUGGGAGACAGCUGUGCCUGGUGAGCAGAGCCCUCUCGGGGGUUCCGAGGAUGAGGAUGACAUUUCUAAAUAAAAAGUACUGCAAAGUUUAAGAAUUAAACUUUAAAAAUUAAA